AUGGCUGAGACUCAGAGACCACGAAGCGCCAUCAUUGUUGGCGCAGGAGCAGGCGGUAUCGCCGUCGCGGCCCGUCUGGCCAAAGCCGGAGUAGACGUCACAGUCCUCGAAAAGAACGACUUCACAGGAGGCCGCUGCAGUCUCAUCCACACAAAAGCUGGCUACCGCUUCGACCAAGGUCCCUCACUCCUCCUCCUACCGGGGCUCUUCCGCGAGACCUUCGAAGACCUAGGCACCACUCUCGAGCAGGAAGGAGUCGAGCUCCUCCAAUGUUUCCCCAACUACAACAUCUGGUUCUCCGACGGCAAGCGCUUCUCGCCCACCACCGACAACGCCACCAUGAAGCUCGAGAUAGAAAAGUGGGAAGGCCCCGACGGCUUCCGCCGCUACCUCUCGUGGCUCGCCGAGGGCCACCAACACUACGAGACCAGCUUGCGACACGUUCUGCACCGCAACUUCAAGUCCAUCCUCGAGCUGGCGGACCCCCGCCUUGUCGUCACCUUGCUCAUGGCUCUUCACCCCUUCGAGAGCAUCUGGCACCGCGCCGGGCGGUACUUUAAGACGGAUCGCAUGCAGCGCGUCUUCACUUUUGCGACCAUGUACAUGGGCAUGAGCCCGUUCGAUGCGCCGGCGACGUACAGUCUGCUUCAAUACUCGGAGUUGGCCGAGGGUAUCUGGUAUCCCCGCGGAGGCUUCCACAAGGUGUUGGAUGCUCUGGUGAAAGUUGGAGAGAGGAUGGGCGUCAAGUACAGACUCAACACGGGCGUGUCCCAGGUUCUCACGGAUGGAGGCAAGAACGGAAAGAAGCCAAAGGCUACGGGUGUCCAGCUUGAAAAUGGCGAGGUGCUGAACGCCGAUCUGGUGGUGGUCAACGCCGACUUGGUAUAUACGUACAACAACCUCCUGCCGAAGGAGAUCGGGGGCAUCAAGAAGUAUGCGAACAAACUCAACAACCGCAAGGCGUCGUGCAGUUCUAUUUCUUUCUACUGGAGUUUGUCGGGUAUGGCACCAGAGUUGGAGACGCACAAUAUCUUUUUGGCGGAAGAGUACAAGGAGUCCUUUGACGCCAUCUUUGAGAGGCAGGCCCUGCCUGAUGAUCCCAGCUUCUACAUCCACGUCCCCUCCCGCGUUGACCCCUCGGCCGCCCCUCCCAACCGCGACGCCGUGAUCGCCCUCGUCCCCGUUGGCCACCUUCUCCAAAAUGGCCAACCAGAGCUCGACUGGCCUACUCUCGUCUCCAAAGCCCGUGCCGGCGUUCUGGCCACCAUCCAAGCCCGUACUGGCCUGUCCCUGUCCCCCCUUAUCACCGAAGAGAUCGUCAACACCCCUUACACCUGGGAGACCAAGUUCAACCUCAGCAAGGGCGCCAUCCUCGGUCUGGCACACGACUUCUUCAACGUGCUGGCCUUCCGCCCGCGCACCAAAGCCCAAGGGAUGGAUAACGCGUACUUUGUCGGUGCUAGCACCCAUCCAGGAACCGGCGUGCCGAUUGUCCUUGCAGGGGCCAAGAUCACUGCCGAGCAGAUUCUUGAGGAGACGUUCCCUAGGAACACAAAGGUGCCGUGGACGACGAAUGAGGAGAGGAACAGUGAGCGGAUGAGGAAGGAGAUGGAUGAGAGGAUUACGGAGGAGGGGAUUAUUAUGAGGAGUAACAGUAGUAAGCCGGGCAGGAGGGGGAGUGAUGCUUUUGAGGGCGCCAUGGAGGUGGUUAACCUCUUGUCGCAGAGGGCGUUCCCUUUGUUGGUGGCGUUGAUGGGGGUGCUGUAUUUCCUGUUAUUUGUGAGGUAG